AUGCCAAUAAGUCUGGCCGAUCUGGACGAUGAGAACGAGGAAGACGAAGAGCAACAUAGUUCUGACCAUCUGGUUGACUCGCUGAGCCACUUCACCGCCUUGAGGCGAUUGGAUACCACUGCUGAUGUAUGGAGGAUGCUGGAUGAAAUGACUGUUGCGAAUGCAUACGAGUGGGGUCCUACGGAUGUCUCGAUCGCAGUAUCAGACCGCUGGUGCUUGCGAUUACCUCAGCACCUGGAGCUUUUGUGCCUACACAUGAACGAGGACAACGCUCCGGCAGAUCCCCGCCAACUAUAUGAUCUGAUCACCACCCAAGAGCAGGUGCUACCUGAGCUAAAAGAGCUCUGGAUACGGGUUGAAACUAAAGAAGAUCGAACCCACUUUAUAGACACAUUUUCUAUGCUCGCCGAAAAAGAAGAGCACCCCCGAUUGUACACACAGUACCCCCUGCUAGUCAAAAUCGAGCUUGCUUCUGAGCUAUCUGGUCCUAUAGAAACAACCUUCCACGACUGGCGACACCCCAAGGAAAGGUCUCGUACAACGUGGGGUGGGCAUAUGUACGUGCUUGAGCCAGGUAGAGUCCAGACAGACGAUGAACACGAUACGUGGAUACGACAAGUGACUGGAGAAGCCAAAUCCUUUGACACAGGAGGUUAUUUAUCUGAAGAAGAUAUCGACAUAGGCAUGCUGGCUGGAGCAUGGUGA